AUGUUAGCGAAGACAGAUCAGAAAGACAUUGAAAGACCUUUGGUAUCGUUUGAGAAGCAUAAGCCCUUAACAACAAUAGAUUUUGAGCAACAAAUUGAUUAUCUCAGCGGUUGGAUUACGGAAUGGAACAGCACAGAGGUAUUAUGUCGACUUGUAUUGUUAUAUUGAUAAAUGAUAGCAUAUUGUAUGGCGUUGUUUGAAUUAAAUUUUAUGAUAUUGUGGGGUUGUUAAUAAGGUAUAAUUGUUACUUUAUUAUACAUUAUUGUAUAAUUCAGAAUUGGUUGUCUGUGUAGACUGUGUAGAAUGUGGUUUUCAAAAACAUAUACUUCAUCAAUUAUGUAGCUUUCAAAGUCAUCACACAUCCCGUGCAAACGGCUUGGGAGGGAUGUUUUAAUUUGUGUUAGCAAAAACACAAUUCGUUGUGAUGCCAUUUCAAUUUGAAAUUUGAGAACGGGAAUAUAAAUAAAAUGACAACCAUUUUCCGUUUUCUGGGAAUACGACAGUCAUGUCUUCUCACAUUUCAAAGAAUAUUUCGGAGAAUAUUUCACCAUUCUUCUUAAAGUACAAGCGGCAAGGAUUAUAGUAGCCUCUUCUCACGUGUGAUUGUAGACUUAGAUCAGAGAGUUUAAGAUGUGGUAAAUCUAGGGCGCGAACGUGACAAAAAAACACAUCCUAAGUUCGCAGUGUCAGCAACACGGGUAAAAAAUAUGGAUUCUUUUUGUCAACCAAGAAGGACACAGGUGAAAAACAAAUUUAAACUGGUGACAAAUCCAAUAGAAUAGCAUAAGUACACUGUAAACUUCAAGGAGUCUAAUCAACUCCAAAAGUGUUAUUCUGUAAUCGUUUUAGACCGUUUUUGGUCCAAAAGUGUUAUUCUGUAAUCGUUUUAGACCGUUUUUGGUUACAGAAUAAAACUUUUUGAGUUGAUUCAACUCCUUGAAAUUUACAGUGUAACUGUCUUUUUGUCAUGUCCGCGUACUAGAUAAUUUAGCUCAUCUUAAGUUCGCUUAUAUUGCAGAAAACCUCUUAAGUUGGCUCAUAACCACUCAGACAAGUGUUUAUUGCAGAAAACCCUGAGCAUAGAAGCGAAAAACACAUCACUAACUACAGUACUACCUACAUCCCAUUGGAUUCUGUUGCAGUUUUGAAUAAUUUAAUCAUCCAUACCUUCAGUCAAUUUUUCCUGUUUUGGCAGCCAUUGUGUUGUCAUCUAUCCAAUAACGUUAAGCUCUUAAUCCUGAUUUAAUAUCUCUCCGUUGACAGAGGUUCUUCUUUAUUGACAAGUUGCUAUCAAAAUGCGAGAAAGAACAAAUUCAGCUUUGUGGACGGUGAGUAUUGAGGCAUAUUAUAUAUAGCAGAGUUUCACUAAACACUCUCGUGCAGCAGAUAUGGCGAUCAACCUGCACAGGGUUCGUAGUCUCCAAGACCAAAAAAAAAUCAAAGAUUUUCAAAGAUUUUUUCUGCCUAUUUUCAAAGACUUUUCAAAGAUCUUUGAGAGCAAUCAGCUGUCGAAAAAUUGCAAGUGUAAGCAUCAUUUUUACCCAGUAAUUAGUCCCGUCAAAUCACAUCCUAAAAUGCGCAUUUUCGUCGAUAUUUGCGAAAAUCUUGAUUCAAUCAAUCAAUUUUAUUAGCUAGGAAAUCGUAUAAUCAAUUCCUCACUACAGAAUUUAAAGACUUUUAAAGACUUUCUUCGCUUUUUCACACAAUUUAAAGACUUUUCAAAGACCUCAAAGACCUGCAUUCCAAUAUAAAGACUUUCAAGGAUUUCAAAGACCGCUACGAACCCUGCUGCAGUUAUCAGAGUGAGAAAAUAUAUGUUAAUUCUUCCGUUAAUAAGCAGUUUUUGGAGAGAAAUAAAUAGAAUUGAAAGAUUAAUCUACUUGCUUCUAUAAAGGCUUUACAACUUGCAUCUAAUCAAGACGCCCUGAAAGGGGUGGAAAAAAGCUUUUAGUGCCUAUACAAAUCUCGUACCCAAGGGCAAGGCGUGCCGAUUCGCAGGAAUGCAAACAGGCAUGCUCUCUGUAUAGGAGAUUGCUUACUAAAACCCAUGCAUUGAAAAUGUUUUCCCGAACUAAAAUAUAUUAUAGAAGUUAUGAUCCAUUUUUCAUUAAAUAGAACUCCUUUUUAUUGCAAUUUUUAACUUUUAAAAGCUUUUCAUCAACUUUUAUUGAAGGUUUUACAGCCAGCAUUGCAUCGAGAUUUCGUAUUCAGUUCGUUAACGGCAGCUGAGGUGAACAGUGACUUUCAUCCGAUCUCGACACCAGUCUCUCGAGAAAUACAUAAACACGCCAGAGCUCUGAGAUCAAAGGUAAUCCAUCUUUGGUUUAUUAAAAAUUGCUUUUCAAACUCGGAAAUAAUUCAUGGCCAAAACACAAAACGCUCAUGUAAUAAACGCUCAUGUGUUUAGGGCUGGUUUACAAUAUCGAAGUUUCUGUGAUCACAGUGGGGAUUUUGCAUGGGUAAAUUCUAAGUUUUGAAGGAUUUGUAAGAAAUGUUUGAGGGAAUUGACUCGGUGUUUAACACUGAAUCAGUUUCCUCAAACAUUUCUUACAAAUCCUUUAAAACACAGAAUUUACCCACGCAAAAUUCCUACUGUGAUCACAGAAACUUUGAUAAUGAAACUACCAACCUUAACUCAACUUUCGUGCUGAAUUUCUCCGAGAAGUUCUCUUUAAAUACUGGUCCGUUAAUAUAUCCUAGACUCGACUGACGUAUUUUAUUACAGUGAUAGGUGCUUUUAUUACAGUUGAGGUGCUUUGAUAUCAAUCAAAACACCUCAAAGCAGGUUAAAAACUCUACUCAAAAACGUUUAUGAUUCUUUCUUGUUAAUCCAAGGGUAAAAAGGUUCCGUUCUUAAAGAGUGCAGUUUUGAGGAAUGAGGUACGUCAUGAAGACAAACUCGCUCAGAAUUAAUUUGAAAAAGUUUUUGUUUUUUUCCCUCGCAGUAUUGAAAUCAUUUUCAGUAUGGCUUUUUUCUUUUGACAACAGGAAGAUGUAAAAAAUUGGACAUCAUGUUCCGUGUUACCAAUUAUGAAAUCUUUUUCACCCAUGUCUUUCACAAGACUAAGGUAUAUUAAGUUUUAAUUUUUUUGUCCAUAGCUUAGACACAAAGUUCACAAACCACGACAGCUUAUUGUAGAAUACUACCUACACUAUAUCACCACGUUUAAGAUAUCUUUUUCAGGUAGUUCAGACACAAACCACGACAGCUUGUUGUAGAAUACUACCUACAUUAUAUCACCACGUUUGAGAUAUCUUUUUCAGGUAGUUCAGACACAAACCACGACAGCUUGUUGUAGAAUACUGCCUACACUAUAUCACCACGUUUGAGAUAUCUUUUUCAGGUAGUUUAGACACAAACCACGACAGCUUGUUGUAGAAUACUACCUACAAUGGACCACCACAUUAGAGAGAUCUUUUUUAGGUAGUUCAGACACAAACCACGACAGUUUGUUGUAGAAUACUACCUACACUGGACCACCACGUUUGAGAUAUCUUUUUCAGGUAGUUCAGACAUAAACCACGGCAGCUUAUUGUAGAAUACUACCUACACUGGACCACCACAUUUGCGAUAUCUUUUUCAGGUAGUUCAGACACAAACUACGGCAGCUUAUUGUAGAAUACUACCUACACUGGACCACAACGUUUGAGAUAUCUUUUUCAGGUAGUUCAGACACAAACCACGACAGCUUAUUGUAGAAUACUACCUACACUGGACCACAACGUUUGAGAUAUCUUUUUCAGGUAGUUUAGACACAAACCACGACAGCUUAUUGUAGAAUACUACCUACACUGGACCACAACGUUUGAAAUAUCUUUUUCAGGUAGUUCAGACACAAACUACGACAGCUUAUUGUAGAAUACUACCUACACUGGACCACAACGUUUGAGAUAUCUUUUUCAGGUAGUUCAGACACAAACCACGACAGCUUAUUGUAGAAUACUACCUACACUGGACCACAACGUUUGAAAUAUCUUUUUCAGGUAGUUCAGACACAAACCACGACAGCUUAUUGUAGAAUACUACCUACACUGGACCACCACGUUUGAGAUAUCUUUUUCAGGUAGUUCAAACACAAACCACGACAGCUUAUUGUAGAAUACUACCUACACUGAACCACCACGUUUGAGAUAUCUUUUUCAGGUAGUUCAGACACAAACCACGACAGCUUAUUGUAGAAUACUACCUACACUGGACCACCACGUUUGAGAUAUCUUUUUCAGGUAGUUCAAACACAAACCACGACAGCUUAUUGUAGAAUACUACCUACACUGGACCACCACAUUUGCGACAUCUUUUUCAGGUAGUUCAGACACAAACCACUACAGCUUAUUGUAGAAUACUACCUACACUGGACCACCACGUUUGAGAUAUCUUUUUCAAGUAGUUCAGACGCAAACCAGUGAAACUACGACAGCUUAUUAUAGAAUAUUACCUAUACACUGGAUCACCACGUUUGAGAGGUCGUUUUAGGUCUAUUAUUUAUAACAUAUUUUCAAAUCAUUUUAGUUACAGAGGAUCGCCUGAGGCGAGUGAGAUUACAACAGGGGCGUGGAAAUCACAGAGCAGUUACUAUGGUGUCCGCUUCCCUGGCAUCAGACGGAAUCAUGGUCCCAGCGUCCUCAGUGUCAAAUCUGCGCCACCAAGUCUUGGUGGUCAGCAACUAAACCAUCAAAUACGACGUCACAUGCAAAGACAGGAGACAGAAGAUGCGGUACGGAAUGAUGAGAUGAGACUGGAAAUCCAAGACGAACAAAGGUGGGUUGCGGGGAAUGAGACUGAUCGAAAUAUCUAGAGGUCCUGCAAGGGUCAUCCCUUAUUGGUGGGUGAUAGGGUGGGUGCAAAUCAUCCUUACUUGCAGCUGAGAGCUAGCUGAAUUACGAAGGACGCAGCUCAACCUCAGUCUUACGCCCGUAUUCUAAGGCUAUGUUUACAUUGUAUCGGAUCACUUUGCGUCCGACGCAAAAACCAUACCCGAUAGGGCUUCUGUUUACAUAUGAAAUGUUGUUAUCGUCUCAAUUUCUGCAACGGACCGGUGGUGCGGCGGUUCGCUCUUCGAAGUGGUGCGCGAUGUAUCGGAUCGCUUUUUGCAACGCUCUCAUUGUAAUGUAAACACAAAUCGGAGCAAUUUUCGGUUCAAUACGUGACUCAAGAUGGCAUCUGCGAAACAAAGACUUGCUAUUCUAAUCUUAUUUGCGGGUAUAGCUUGCUCACUUAUAAUAUUUUUGUAUUUAGAUGGGCGAGGACGAAAGCUGUUUACACUUGGGCCGUAACGUUUCGUGAACGAAGCAAAAACCGAUCCGAUACAAUGUAAACAUAGCCUAAAAGCUCACUUACACCAUGGAUAGGACUCUAGCUGACGUAAGCAAAAACAACCUAGUUGCAAUCUGUGACGUCACGCGUAUUGCAAAGUUCUCGGCAUUUUUGUUGUUUCGCUAUAUUUUCCGCUUUAAAAGAGUAAUAUUGAAGCAUAAACUGGUCUAAUUGUUUUAAAAACAUGCCUAAGCCACGACAAAGUAUUCAAGGUAAAUGUUUUUCGUCUUUGUUUUGUAUUUUUUUUUACAUUUGUAGCUACGAAAUUGGCGUCCCCAAUUUUAACGAAAUUUGGGAUGCCUUUUUCACUCUUUAGUGCUUGAAAUAUUUGCUAAAAUUGACUGGGAAUACUUAGAGAUUUCAUCGUAGAAUGGCAUAGUUAUAUUCAUUUGCUCUUUGACUAAAAUGUUUAGCUGUAUUAUUGCUAAACAUGCCGUUUUUGAGAAUUUGGUUUGCAACUAGGUUUCAACAUCCAAUCACGCCAUCAGCCAAUUGAAAUCAUUAGGUCACGUCAGCAAGUUUCCUAUCCAUUUAUUUUAUUAUCCAUGCUUACACUCAAUGAGUGGAGAUUCAAUCUGAGCUUCUUUUGAGUGUUAAAUGCUGUUUUUGAAUAGCUGGAGGGUUAGUGUCGUACCUUACUCGGUAACUACUGUACUCACCCUCCAUACAGCUGUUCAAAAACAGCAUUGACACUCAAGAGAAGCUCAGAUUGAACCUCCACUCAUUGAGUGUGAGUGAGCUUUUAGAAUACGGGCGUAAGGCUUUCUAAGGGCGCCUCUGAUAACCACCUUAUUAAUUUAUUAACUUUGCCAGAUAGUAUUAACAGUUAUUACAAAGUAAUAAUUUAACGAAUUAACUAGACUAUAUGGCAGGGUAUUCGCAACAGCGAUUAGCCAAUUACUGCGAACCCAAGGACAAUACGUUAACAUCAAAUAGCAAAAAAAACUAACAACUAACUUCAUGCAUUUAUACAACUAUAUAUUUAGCUAUCUACGGCAACUGAUCAUGCUAUGAUAAUAACAUGCACUAGCUGAAAAGAAAUUGAACAAAAUGAAAUCAAUGCAUGCUAUACCGACUAUAUAAGCAUAGCACGAGCAGUUGCCAUGUAGCUAGCUGUGCUGAAAUUUUCAAUAACAGCAAGAUAUUGGAGACGCUAAACUACGAACACAGUUGCAUUUCAAGCAUAAAGAUCUAAAUGUUCGCGGAUUUUCAGGAUUAUAAGUAAUGUCAACAGAGGUAAAAUAAUAAUUAAGUAAACAUGAUUUAAAUACAGCGAGACUGUCCUUAUGACUCAAGUCUGAUCAAGGAGCACAGAUACGGUGGGUUGGGAUUAGCCCCCUAACUGACCCACCCUCUCAACAUUCCCUGUGAGAGGAAAUCGGAGUACCCGGAGAAAACGCACGACUUUUGGUAGAGCAUUGACUUACUCUUUUCACAUAAGUGUCGUCAGUGCAAUGUGAGAUCGAAGCCACAAUCUCAGAGGUGAAAGACGAUUGCUCUGAGAAUAGACCUUUCCCCUUAUAAGUGAAAUUUUGAUCUAGACUAGCCUGGACAAAAUUUUCAUCACAGCUAGAAAGAGCAUCACAAAAUUAGUAAUAUUCCUUAGUUUCGUUGCGAAAUGUUGUAAAAUGCGGAUAAUAUAGCCUUGCGAAGUUUGCCGUUUUUCAGUCAUUUUGCAUUACAAAUGAAAUUCAUAAUCAGUUUGAUCAUCUGAUUAUCAAUUUCCCGUUUGUAAUCAAAAUGACUGAAAAACGGCAAUCUUCGCAAGGCCAUAUUAUCCGCAUUUUACAACAUUUCGCAACGAAACUUCGGAAUAUUACUAAUUUUGUGAUGCUCUUUCAAGCUGUGAUGAAAUUUUUGUCCAGACUUGUCUAGAUCAAAAUUUCACUUAAAAGGGGAAAGGUCUAUUGCGCCACCGAAGCCCUUCAACCUGCCGUUAAAGGAACCCCUUGGAAAUCUUUCUCGAAACUGUUACAUGCCCUCUCUUUUGUUUAGGGUUGUUGUGUAUAAAUCCACAAACUCAGAAACGGAAAUUCACUCUCCUCAUACAAAAUUAGACGUUGUUUUAAAUUGGUUUGGCCAAGAAUGGAAUGGUAAUGUCAGUAUGUAUAAGUUUAACGAUGUGUUUUGUAAUACGUUUCUUGAAUAUGAUUUUUUCUGUGUUGGUGUAAUGUACUCAGGUGAAUAUGAUGCUUGUGAUGUUACUCUGAGUGUAUAUCCACACCGGGCAGGCUUGAAAAAUAUGCCUGACCACGGUGGGAAUCGAACCUACGACCUUUGGAAGUUCCUUGAAUGUUUGCAUGGAGAACAAAAACAAUACUGUCCUUUUGUUUUAUGGAAAACACCACGUAUGAAAAACGUUGAAAGGAAUGGAAAGCAUCAAUUUAACUGGAAAGCAUCAAUAUUUUAUUAGCAUCUCACUUGUUUGAAUAAUAGUUGAAGGGAGGCUAUGAUCGCUCUCUCCUGACAAGAUGUUUUAUUCGUAUUCUUAGUGUGGAAACGAAAUGAAUUUUUGCAAAUUUUUCUGAAAACAUUGGAACCAAGUGAAGUGUUUUAUAUCUCAGGAUUAAUAACAGUAAGUAUUCGUCAUGUAGUAUUCUGAUACUAUAGGCAUAGAAUGGAUCACUGAAGGCAACCAAAGCCCAAAGGUCUGUUAAACUUUACAAUGAAUUUCUUUUUCAGGUAAGACGAUACAGAGAUUUCAUUCCGUUAUUACCAAGACAGCUCUCUCGUCUCAUCCUGUCGUAUUUAACUGUGAAAGAACUCACUUUAGUGAGUCAGGUAAGGUAUUUUACGUUUAUUAUGUAUUAAGGAGUUUAAGCUUCACGUUUCCGGGAAAGGCAAACGGCAGGUUCGAACUUUCUCGGCAAAAUUUUCGUUGAACGUUUUUGUUUCAUAUUUUCUUUCUUGCGUCGAAAGAAUAAUUAUGUAUUUCAGUUUUAAAACAGCAAGUUUAUUUACUCUUUAUUGUCUGAUACCGUAAAAUUUGCCUGGCGUUUGCCGUAUAACGCGAAGCUUAAACUCUCUAAUAUCUACCUCCUUCAAGUGUAAACUUUUCUGUAUGAAAUCCACAGAAAUUGUUUUGUAAUGAAAACGAAUUGCAUUGAAAUCAUUAGAUUGAAACUAUGAACAACUUAAUUCCAGGUGUGUCGAGCGUGGAACAAAGUUGCGAAUGAUGAAAUUUUAUGGAAAGAAAAAUGUGGAGGAAUUUAUAUCGGCAUUCCAUUAACCAAAUCAAAACAUUGGAAAACAGUUUAUAAAGAAAGUUUAGAGUUACAACAGAACUGGACUGAUGGCCGGUGCACUUUGACGGAACUGAACGGUCACACAAAACGGUAUUCAUUCAGCCUACCUAUCGAAGGGAAGAUGUAAAACUCAUUAGAUAAACAAUUAUAUAACUCAUUAUCUAUGUUAAUUAACGUUAAUUCAUUAAUUCAUAAAUCUGGUUCUUCACCGUUACGUGUGUAUUGUAUUUUUGCCAAAUCCACCAAAAGCAAUUUCCAAUUUACCCUGUUCGUGUCACGCCGGAUAAGUAACUUUCCUAAAACAUUGCAAUUGGUUAGUUGGGCAAAAAUACAAUACGCACGUGACGGUGAACGACCAGAUUUAUGAAUACACGCGUUGACUAAUAUAAAGACUAUAAAUAAUGAGUUAUAUUGUUAUUCUAAUGAGUUUCAUAAGUACAGUAACAUCUUCCCUUCGAUAGGAUAUGAUUCACUUUAUCUCAAACGUGUGGGUCUGUGUAGAUAGUAUUCUAUACUUUAUAGCUGCCUUGGUUUGCCUUUUUCAAGUAGUUCAGACACAAACCACACAGUGCGUCUAUCAUUUCAAUUAUGUACUUUGUUGAAUUCACAGAGUACUGUCAGUGAGUGCUUUUGAAAAUAUGAUUGCCAGUGGAAGUUACGACAAAACAAUCAAGUAUGUGGAUCCAUUAUUCGGCUACAUAGUAAAUCAACAUGCUUGUUGUAAAUAAUGGUCGUUUAUUCAUUUCAAUGCAUGUGGAAAAAUUAAAUUGUUUUAUAGAGUAUGGGAUGCAAAAUCAGGGAAAAUUCUUCAAACUUUAACAGGCCAUUCGGUAAGUUUUUCAAUCUAUUUAUGUUUAGUUUUAUUUUAAUGGUUUAUUCACUUUUCACUACAUUGAUUGAUCGGAUUGUUGGUUAUUCGUUUCAUUAAUGGAUUGUUUAAUUGCUACAUAUAAUUAUUAUUAAUAUUUCAUAAUCAGUACUUUAAUUUCACAACAGAAAGGAGUUUGGUGUUUAUGUUUUCUGUCAAAAACGUUGCUCAUCAGUGGCUCACACGAUACAUCUAUCAGAGUAAGUACGAUUACAUGUAUAACUUCGAAAAACUUUGUUUCUACUGGAUAGUUCUAUCUGUGUUUUUCUAGAGGUCCAGUAAGAGUCAUCCCUUUUUUCUCCAGGGGAAGCACACUCGUCUCACAUCAUUUUCUUCUUAUUUUAACAGGUUUGGAAUCUAACGACUGAGACCUCGGUGAGGUAUGAAUUAAUAAAGGAAUACCGAAUGGUUUUCCAUGCAGGAUUACGUGAUCCAUGCACGAGGGAUGUCUCGAGACUUUCGGAAAGCGUAAAAAUACUCGAGCCGCAGGCGAGUGUAAUUGUUUUAUAAAAUACUGACAGUGGCAACAAUGACAUUUUGAAAAUCCCGCAAAAAUCCCGCGAAGGCAUUUUA